AUCAGCACCGUUCGUGGAUUCUCGGCGCUAGUUGUCGGGUUACUUUCCAGCCCCCUGGUUUCCAGCAGUCAUUUUGUGGUUGUACAUAGUGUGAUAAAAACUGCCGUCAAGACGUUCCUUAAAAACCCGAGAACGCUUGGGCGAGCCAAAAUGACGGCGGUUGCAACAAUACCGUCAGCCCACUCCAUUAUCCAGGUGGUUAAUGAAGCUAAUUUAAAUAAAAUCGAGAGCUUUCUCAACGAUACAGCGUACAGGGAAGCCAUUGAAAAUUCAUCAACGUACAACAGUAGAUUAUGCAGAGAACGAAGACUCCGUAUGCCUUUUCUUGACUCUCAAACAGGAGUCGCACAGAACCAUUCGGCUCUGUUUAUGUGUUCACGAGAACGUAUGCCAGGUUUAUUACACGGGCAAAUUUAUACAUAUCCUAGUAAAAGAUGGAGAAAAAAACGACGUCAGUACCUGAUGCAUUAUUUACAUCCCAAACGGGGAGUCAGAGGUGACAUAGAUGACGGGGUUGAGGGAGCUGAUGGAAUAAUAGCGGGUAUGAAUGAUGAUUCCAAAGAAUCUGCUGCUCUUAAAGACGAGCACAGUAAAGAUGGGUGGUAUUAUGACGAGCAAGAUAUGCUGGACAUGGAUGCUUUUGAGGAACCAGACCCAGAUAGCGAUUACGACUACGAGGAAAGUUACAGCAGCAAGAGGAAACGAAGAAGACAUCGAGGGAGUGGACACCAUCCUGCAAGAAGUCAUCCACCUGCCACCGACAGCCCUGGGACCAAAAGAACAAAAGGUGGUGGACGUGGAAGGAAAAAAGCCAACUACGAUGUUACUGAUUCCGAUAAGCCAUUCGUAUGUGACCUAUGCAGCGCACGGUAUAAAACCAGACCUGGUCUGGUCUACCAUUACGGUCAUUCCCACUCUACUUCCUCUGGUGAUCCUGCUAAGGAACUAAGUCCCAGUCCUGCCGAAGUCGAAUCACGGAGCGUUGCAGACACCGCUGCUUCGGACCAGCCAGGUUGGACCCAAAAUCAGCUCAGUUAUCGCAACAUCAUCUCCAGUGGUAUCGGUGGCACUGCUGGUGGAUUGGGACUCAUCGGUGGUGGUGGUGGUGGUGCUGCAAGCACUGGAGUUGGGCAAAUGGGUGGUAAUCUUCCCGCACCUGGACUAGUCCUUGACAAGAAGUCCGGAAAAGCUGUUCAACCAUCCCCCUACUGCGAUUUCUGUCUCGGGGACGCGAGGGAGAAUAAAAAAACAGGCGGGUCCGAGGAAUUGGUCUCUUGCAGUGAUUGCGGUAGAUCAGGACAUCCGACUUGUUUGCAAUUUACUGCAAAUAUGAUUGUAUCUGUACGCAAGUACAGGUGGCAGUGUAUCGAGUGCAAAUGUUGCUCCAUUUGUGGUACUUCUGAUAAUGAC